AUGUCCUACCUUCCAUCGAGUUUUGAUGCAGACCUAGAAGACGUCGACGAAAUGCCCUUCUGGGACAAGAUGGUGUUCCAUUGCAAGCAACAGCCUCUUGUCCCACUUGGAACGCUCGCUACCACAGGUGCUGUCACGCUAGCAGUGCUUAACGUCAAGAACGGUAACAAACAAAAGGCCCAGAUCUGGUUCCGUUGGCGUGUGGGCUUGCAAGCCUUCACCCUAGCUGCGCUAGUGGCAGGGUCAUACUUGUACGGAAAGAACAGUAAGGAAAGAGCAACUCACGAGGAACAGAUGAGAAAGAAGGCCAAGUUGAGAGAAGAACUAUGGAUCAAGGAGUUGGAAAGAAGAGAUGAGGAAACGAAAAUGAGAAAGCAAAGAGCCGAGCUCGCAAGACAAAAGGCUAAGGAAAUGGAAGAGGAAACCACCAGAUUACAGCAAGAGUUGAAAGAGCUUGAAGCAAAGCUGAAGAACAAAUGA